CAGAUGGCUCAUUGCUCGAGUCAUCACAAGAUAUACCCAAAACAAGUGGCCUGGUCAAGAAUUCACGAUUCAAGCAGCGUGAGAGAAAGCUUCGAACCAGUUGAAGAAAACAAUUUAAUAGUCUCCCUCUCUCCCUUCCCCUAAAAGAUUUUUUCUCAACUCAAUUGCCUUCGCCCCUCUGUUGAUUCAAUUCAAGUACCUCUCUCUACCUAUUCAUGAUCACUUAAAUUCGCGCAGAACCUUCCCUUUCCUUCAUGAAAAAGAGAUUCUCUCGUUGACCACAUCGCAGUUCUCAGGAGUAACAGAAACAGAUUUGCCAUGGGUCAGGCUUUUCGCAAGCUCUUCGAUAGUUUCUUCGGUAAUUCCGAGAUGAGGGUUGUGAUGCUUGGCUUGGAUGCAGCUGGUAAAACAACCAUACUGUACAAGCUACACAUUGGAGAAGUUUUGUCAACUGUCCCAACGAUUGGUUUUAAUGUCGAGAAAGUUCAGUAUAAGAAUGUGAUCUUCACAGUGUGGGACGUAGGUGGGCAGGAGAAAUUGAGGCCACUCUGGAGGCAUUAUUUUAACAAUACAGAUGGCCUGAUUUAUGUUGUUGAUUCCUUGGACAGAGAAAGAAUUGGAAAAGCAAAACAGGAGUUUCAGGCCAUCAUCAGAGAUCCCUUCAUGUUGAAUAGUGUGAUAUUGGUCUUUGCAAAUAAACAGGACAUGAGAGGGGCAAUGACUCCUAUGGAGGUGUGUGAAGGGCUAGGUCUGUAUGAUCUGAAGAACAGAAUAUGGCACAUACAGGGGACUUGCGCUCUUAAAGGAGAUGGCCUUUAUGAGGGUUUGGACUGGUUAGCGAGUACUCUUAAAGAGUUAAAAGCCACUGGACGCACCACUUCUGCGGGCACCUCCUCUUUUUAAUCAACCCGCCCAGAUGGAUGCUUCAAGAAAACUGACUUCUCAACGGUAUCAUGCCUUUAAAUGUUGAACUUCAAUUGGGCUGGAACUUGAUACAAGGUAGAAGAUUGACAUGGAUGUGUCCACAAAGUUUGAGCAUCAACUGAACUGCCAUGUGCCAUAGAUAAUACACCAGCCAUGUAAAAUCCUCCCUUAUUGUUGUAUUACUUUUAUCCCCUUGUUAUUAUUUUUAAAUUUAAAAGAAAACACUCACCCAUAUUUGUCCUUUAUAAGCAUAACUACAUCUUGUAUUCAGAUUUUCUAUUUUUAGCAGGAGAGCAUUAAGCGCUGAAAAAUGAUUGCCCCCCACCCCAAAAAAAAAAAAAAAAAAAAAAAAAAAAAGGAUGAUGUUUUACUUUGAUUCUGUAAUUUUACUUGAGAAGCUUGUGAGCUUAUAUGAGCAUAGUCUUGUUGGCCUUUCA